CACGAACGAAAUGCCGCACUCGGGCAGCUCUGACCCAAGUGCGGACGCUGUCGCUCCUGUCGUGCUUCCCCCUUGUUUCGGUGUUUGAAUGCCUGCUAGAUCAGGCCAUCGCGUGCACCGGUCAACUCAUGUCAGAGGGCUUGCAUACGUGCGCAUUCCAUUAUGUGAAGUAAGUCCAAGGAGCGCUUCGUUGGUUGACUUGAUGCAGGAGGUGUGCCCUACAGUUUGUGAGUUCAUUUCGUGCAUCCAUCUUACCUGUGAAAAGUCCCUGCGGAAAGAAUGCAUGAUAAUUCCCAUGCCAUUCGAAUGCGCGCACGCCACGCAUCGUGGAAUGAUCACAAUAUUUCCUGAGGCCAUGACCCUUAGCACUUUGGCGCAAAAGAUACGUGUUGGGCUCAUAACCCAAAGGUCUUCAGAUCGAUACCAAGAAGUGCACGAUGAAGUGUCUGCUCAUUUGAUUUGGAUUUUUCAAGCCAAUGAAGUGUGUCGCAUGGCAUGGAGGGCACCGAGAAUGUCCACGAGCUCCCUGCGCAAUUGGCGUUCAUGCACGCUUCCAAGGUGUAGUCGUGAAUACCCGAGGCAAAAACCAGAGGAAAGAAUGGAGAUUGGGAGAUAGAUAAAAGAGGGAGAAUCUGACGAAGCCUGCACCUAUGCGUGCAAGGUAAACACCACCAUCCAACACAAAGCUGCUUAUUGGUUCUUGCACUCGGGGGGCUUUUCGGUAGAUUCAGCACCCGGGGCAUUGUCCAAGGCCGGGAAGGACUUCUUGCCCUUCGCUCGGGGUGCUUCGUCUUCGUCGCUGUCUUCGUCCUCUUCGUCAUCAUCGUAAUCCUCGUCGUCUUCGUAGUCAGAGUCUUCGACUUGGGCUUCGCCCGUGAACCACAGCACGGCCUGUGGCACAAUGGUUUCGUGAAUGAUGAACCCAAGUUGGAAGUCGUCGUUAAGUUGACGCAUUGUGUCGUUCUCAUCAUCUUCCGCGGGCAUUUCAACGGUCGCGAAGAAUUGGAAAAACGAUUCGCACGGUUCGACCUUAGUGACGAAUCGCGUUUGGCCACCAUUCUUGGACUUUUGUUUAAUCUUCUUGACCUUUUCAGUCAAGUUCUUGCCUUCAAGCCACUUAAUUUCCGUGCCCUGGAUGUUCUUGAGCAUCGCGUCGCCGUCCGGGCCUUCCGCGACGUCGUACGCCUUAGUCAACACCGUGUUUUCAAAAAAUGGGUUUGGGGCAAAGGUAAAUUCCAGGCGGAAACCGCUGUGUUCGGUGGAAGACUCUGACUUGAUGUCCGUGAGGAAUUCCAAAGCUGGCAUGUCGCGGUCCGUGAUCAAUUGUUCCGUGUCGGGGUGGUUCAAUAACGCCUUCAUCCAGAACUGGGGAACACCGACGGUCCUUGUUUCUUCGGUUUCCGACGCCUUUUCUUCCGCAGUUGCGACCUCCUUUUCACCAGACACAACCAACGCGCGUUCCGCGUACAAGGGUUGGUACAACUUUUCGUACUUCAGUUCCAACAAACGGCGUUCCUUUUCGAACUCAGCUUCGAGCACUCCAUGUUGCUCUUGCAACGUCUUGAGGUGGUUCACGCGGGACAGCACGGCCGGCGGCAAGUCCAACGUGAUAUCUUCGGCGUCCUCCACGUCUGCGUCGAUCACGAGGUCGUUCAGCUUCUUGGCAGCUUCGUCGGCCAUGAUGGUGUCGAAAUUGAAAAUGAUCUCGACCCGACCGGUCCAUACAAACUUUCAU